AUGGAAGUUUACAUCGACGAUAUGCUCGUGAAGUCGCUUAUCGCUUCCGAACACGUCGGCCAUCUUCGCACAUGCUUCGAUAUUCUGGACCAAUAUGGUAUGAAGCUUAAUCCCACCAAGUGCACGUUCGGCGUGACAUCUGGAGAGUUCCUCGGAUACAUUGUUACGCAGCGAGGCAUUGAAGCUAAUCUAAAGCAGAUCGCAGCUAUUCUCGAGCUCCCAUCGCCGACAACCAAACGCAAAGUUCAGCGACUCACCGGACGUAUCGCAGCACUUAAUCGAUUUAUAUCCAGAUCGACGGACAAGUGCUUACCAUUCUACCAACUUCUUCGCGGUAACAAACAUCUUGAAUGGAAUGAGAAGUGUGAAGAAGCCUUCGUCGAGCUAAAGAAAUACUUGUCCACUCCGCCAGUUUUAUCCAAACCUGAAACCGGCGAGACACUCUAUCUUUGUAUCGCGAUUUCGGAGUUCGCAGUCAGUAGUAUACUUGUUCGAGAAGAUCGUGGCGAGCAGAAGCCAAUUUUCUACACAAGCAAAUCCCUCGAUGGAUCGGAGUAUCGUUAUCCGACUUUGGAGAAAUUUGCCUUUGCCGUGGUUAUUUCUGCAAGAAAAUUACGCCCGUACUUCCAAUCUCACGCGAUCGUGGUCCUGACCGAUCACCCUCUUCGUACUUUCCUCCAUAGCCCAAGUCAAUCCGGACGACUCGCCAAGUGGGCCAUCGAACUCAGCGAAUACGACAUCGAAUACCGAGGAAGAACUGCAACGAAAUCCCAAGUCCUGGCAGAUUUCUUGGUUAAACUUCCACCGGAGCUCGUCGAAGCUAAUCCGGUCGUACAACCCUGGAUCCUUCACGUGAAUGGUUCCUCGUCUCAUAAAGGGUCUGGAGUCAGAAUUCGUCUCAAAUCACCCGAAGGAGAAGUUAUCGAGCAGUCAUUUCGACUCGGUUUCCCGGCGUCCAAUAACGAAGCCGAGUACGAAGCAUUGAUUGUCGGACUACGACUUGCCAAAGAUAUCGCUGUCGAGCAUGUGCACGCCUACUGCGACUCUCAACUCGUGGCUAACCAGUUUCACGGAGAAUACGAGGCCAAGAAUGACCGCAUGGACGCAUAUCUCAAAGUCCUCAAAGAUGUUGUUUCGGAGUUCUCUACCUUCGAACUUACAAAGAUACCUCGAGAUGAGAAUGCAACCGCCGAUGCCUUAGCCGCUCUCGCGACUAAUUCUGAUCCCGAUCUUCGGCGAACUAUCCCAAUUGCAGCAAUCGAGCAACCAAGUAUCAAGCCCACUCCGAACUGCAGUAUCAUUACAAGACGGCGUGAUAACGAAGCCCAACCCAAUCUCGCUCCACCCCUCACCCGGAAGACGAAAUCCAAAGAGGUCAUUCCCGAUCUCAAUAACGACACGGACGAACUCAAUGAUAACGAAUCCGAUCCCAAGGAAGAAUCCGAAGGCCAACAUGUUCCAAUCGAUAUCGAAGCCGAAGGAGACGACGAACCCGAAGAUUGGACCUUAGAGAUUGUGGGAUACAUCGGAGACGGAACAGUUCCCGCCGAUAAAUGGGUAGCUCGGUGUCUUAAGGCUCGCGCAGCUCGAUAUGUGGUCAUUAGAGGUACUCUCCUCAGAUGGGAUGCGUCCGGUGUACUCUUGACUUGCGUUCACGGCAACGGCAUCACGGAAGUAAUGCAGAAGGUCCAUGAGGGAGAAGGAGGAAAUCACUCCGGAGCUCGGUCUUUGGCAUUUAAGAUCAAAAAAGCUGGCUAUUACUGGCCUACUAUGCUCUCUGAUUGCGAGAAGAAUACGGCACGCUGCGAGAAGAAUACGGCACGCUGCGAGAAGAAUACGGCACGCUGCGAGAAGUGCCAACGUCAUGGUCCAAUGAUCAAUCUUCCUACCGAGCUCCUGAUGACCUCGACCGCACCAUAUCCUUUCAUGCGCUGGGCAAUGGAUAUUAUCGGUCCCUUUCGCCGAUCUACAACUCAGAAGCAAUAUGUUUUGGUCGUCACGGACUACUUCACUAAACGGGUUGAAGCCGAAGCAUACCCCGAGAUUCAUGGAAUCGAUGUCAAGAAGUUCAUUCGACUAAGUUUCUCUACCCCACGAUACCCGCAAGGAAACGGACAAGCUGAAGCCACAAACAAGACCAUUAUUGAUGGACUGAAGAAGCGACUCGAUACCGCUAAGGGAACUUGGGCGGACGAACUUGAUGGCGUCUUGUGGUCUCACCGAACUACACCACGACGUUCGACCGGUCAGUCACCAUUCUUCCUUGCAUAUGGCACAGAAGCUAUGUGUCCAGCCGAACUCAACGUCCCAAGUAUUCGCCGAACUAUGCUUACCCAGCAACCCGACGCGAAUAACAACAUGAUGAUUGACGCACUCGACUUAGUCGAAGAACACCGCGAACGAGCAUUGCUCCGAAUACAGAACUACCAGCAACUUGCAGCUCGCUACUACAACAAAAAGGUUAAAGGCCGUCACUUUGAAGAUGACGAUCUCGUACUGCGCAAAGUCUAUCAAAAUACAGAAGAAAAGAACGCAGGAAAACUUGGUGCGAACUGGGAAGGACCGUACCAAGUGAUGAAGGUGGUUAAGCCCGUAUCAACUUAUGAAGUUAGACGGAACUCCGAUCCCCCGAUCUUGGAACUCAAUGCAUCUCAAACGCUACUACUACUAGGUACGUAG